GUUUCACACAUGUUUGAAAAUGAAAUUUUCUCCCAUCUUUCAACGUUAGAAAGAGAACUCUCCUUCAGAACUGAAAUGGGAUUAUAUUAUUCUUAUUACAAAACAAUUGUUGAAGCACCAACAUUCUGGAGUGGUGUUGAUGCUAUAAUGAAUUGCAAUAUCACAGAAUAUCCUCAAAAGAUUAACACAUUGAAAAGAUUUAAUUUAUAUCCAGAGGUUCUUUUGGCUGCUGGAUAUCGAUUCUAUAUUUGGUUGGCAAAUAUGUUUGAAAUCCAAACAAAAAUUUGUUAUCAAGUAAACAGGGGAUAUAAUUUACCACCUGUUGAAAGUUGUGAAGGAAUGGGUGAACUAUCCUUUUUUUAUGUCUAUCCAAUAUUUUAUCUCAGUGGCAUUUCGAUGUCAUGUUUUUUCCUAUUGUGUUUCUAUUUGAGCGAUAGUAUUUGGGGUGGGAUCAUUGGAACUGCGUGUUAUUUUUUCAAUCACGGUGAGGCAACUCGUGUUAUGUGGACUCCGCCGCUUCGUGAAAGUUUUUCAUUUCCACUGCUCGUCGUGCAACUGUUAACGAUAACAGUUGUCUUAAAGCAUCCAAAACCAAAUGUUUAUCAUACAUGUUUGGUAUUCAUUACAACUCUUGGUUUUAUGUUGCCUUGGCAGUUUGCACAGUUCGCAUUGUUAACUCAGACCACCGCUCUCUUUGGUUUAUAUGCUUUAAAAUUUAUCACCUCGACAAAGAUUUGCUCUAUUUUAAACGGCCUUUUGAUAGCUCAUGCUUUUAAUUACAUCUGUCAAUUUGGAAAUUCAAUGUUGUUAAGCUCAUUUUUUAUGUCAGCUGUACUUUCUGUUUUGAUGAUAGCCAAGUUAGAGUUUUAUUUCAAUAAAUUACGAAAUGUGAUUCUUAUUUGGAUUGCUCAAGGGUCCACUUUUAUUAUCGGAACCUUUGGAAUAAAACUUUUCACUGCAAAGCUUCUUAGAAUAGAAGAUGAUGCUCAUAUUGUGAACAUACUGAAAUCCAAAUUUACCGAUUAUAAAGAUUUUCACACAAUGUUGUACACGUGUGCAGCCGAAUUUGAUUUUAUUGAAACAGAGACUUUUUACAAAUUAUCAAAGACAUUAUUAUUACCAUGUGCGUUAUUGGGUGCAUCGGCUGUAUUAUUCAAGGUCCUAAGUUUUGAAAUAAGUUGCUGGUUGGCUAGUGGUGAUCAAAACGAUUACGAUGAAAACGACGCAAGAGCUCAACCAAACGCAAAACCACAUGCAGAGCACCUAUACCACGUGCUCCAAGCAUCAGCAUUCGUUACAAUAGCCAUAAUAAUUAUGCGAUUAAAGUUAUUUGGAACUCCAGCAGUUUGUAUUAUGGCUUCAUUAAUCUCAUCGCGAGAGUAUUUCAGUUUUAUUGGCAGUAAAAACGUUCACCACGCUAUUUUGGUUGCGAUUGUCGCAAUGAUGUCGAUCCAGGGAAUAACAAAUUUGACUAACCAAUUUAACACGAGUGGCGAAUAUAAUAACCCCAAUUUAGAAGAAUUAAUAACUUGGAUUGAAACUAAAACUUUGAAAAGUGAUGUGUUUGCUGGCUCAAUGCCCACUAUGGCGACAGUCAAGUUAACUACAAAAAGACCAAUAGUCAAUCAUCCACAUUAUGAAGAUGCCGGUUUAAGGGCAAGAACAAAGAAAGUCUAUAAAAUAUACAGCAGAAAACCUUGUGAAGAAAGCUGGAAUACCCUUAGUGAUAUGGGGGUGAAUUACAUGAUUAUCGAGAGAAAUUGGUGCUUUGGAAGAUCAAAGCAAAGAUGUGGCAUGCCAGAUAUUUGGGAUGUAGAAGAUGUCAAAAACAGAGGAAAGCGCAGUUGUUGCAGUUUGAUAUUUCAAAACGUCGAAGAAGGCGUCCAAGCUAACCCUUUUAAAUUGGUUUUUAGUAAUGACGGUUACACUGUGCUUAGGAUUUGACCUCACUAUUCUAAACACUGUAUGUAGUACUUUCACUUGCUUGACUAGCAAUGAUGGUUAAUGUGAUAAAAUGUUGACUAGAGAGAGAGAGAGCACAGUCACGUUAAUAAAUAUAUCAACUUUCUAGAGCAAAUGCUUUAACAGUGUUUCCUCGAAAAAAGUUUUUUACUUAUUAACAUUUUAGUCGUAUUUAUUUGUUACAAUAAACUGAAGUAAAUGUUAUUUUGAAUUCA